UGAUCCGAAUAGCUGUGACGUUGGUUAUGUUAACAACAGAGUUUGUGUUAGUUGCCCGCUAAAGCACGUUAGAUUCUGUUCAUAAUUGAACACCGAAUUUGGGACUUGUUCACUGUUUGUUUGAUUUAUUGUCCGGGCGAAACGAAGUGGGGAAUGGCUCGGCUUCUGGCCAAUCAUGGCGCUUCUAAGUAGAAUCUCCACCUUUCGGGCUAGCCAAAAUUAUUUUAACGAACGCACUUCCGGACUCGGAUCAGACAAAAGAGUGCGCUUAAGGUCGUCUGCGACACGUCAUUAAUAAAGGGACAUCCAUUGUAAACGUUAGACAUAUGCGCUUAAGACACUAUUCCGUGUGUAUUUCCAAUGUGUCUCCUCUUUCCUACGGCAUCCCACUUCGGCAGCAUGAGCAGCGGUGUCGCUUUCUCCUCGGGCAGUUCCAACUCCACCUUAACAAACCGAUGUCAGUUUACAUGCAGUUUUUUUGCAUUGACGUCAACUGCAUACAGCACAAAACAGAGGCUUUCUUCAUAUUUCGUAUGCUUGAUUCAGAAUAUGGACAGAUAGCCAGACAUUUAUAUUAGUUGUAAAGCAACCUGACUGCGACAGUUGCUGCUUUAUCUCUUAUCACAACGAGGAAGACACUGUGUGCAAGGAUAACCGCAAUACAACCACCGUUGCCCAGAGUGCGGCCCAGGCAAGAGCCAGCGACCGCCACAUCAGGCACCAUGAUGGAGGGGGGCAUGCAGCUGCUCAACCGUGACGGCCACAGCAUCUCACACAAUUCAAAGCGACACUACCACGACUCCUUCGUGUCCAUGAACAGGAUGCGACAGCGGGGCUUGCUGUGUGACAUCGUGCUCCACGUCUCUAACAAAGAAAUCAAAGCACACAAAGUGGUGCUGGCAUCCUGCAGCCCCUACUUCCAUGCUAUGUUUACCAAUGAGAUGUCGGAGAGUCGGCAGACCCAUGUGACGCUACAUGACAUUGACCCCCAGGCUUUGGAGCAGCUGGUCCAGUAUGCCUACACAGCAGAGAUUGUGGUUGGGGAAGGCAAUGUGCAGACUUUGCUCCCUGCAGCCAGCCUCCUACAGCUCAACGGGGUGAGGGAUGCCUGCUGUAAGUUCCUCCUCAGCCAGCUGGACCCCUCCAACUGCCUGGGCAUCCGAGGAUUCGCUGACACGCACUCCUGCAGUGACCUCCUCAAGUCAGCACACAAGUAUGUCCUGCAGCACUUUGUGGAGGUGUCAAAGACUGAGGAAUUCAUGCUACUGCCACUGAAACAGGUCCUCGAUUUGAUCUCCAGUGACAAUCUCAAUGUUCCUUCUGAGGAGGAAGUGUACCGGGCUGUGCUGAGCUGGGUGAAACAUGAUAUAGAUGGACGCAGGCAGCAUGUGCCGUGGCUGAUGAAGUGUGUGCGGCUGCCGCUGCUGAGGCGAGACUUUCUGAUGAGCAACGUGGACACAGAGCUGCUGGUGCGCCACCACUCAGAAUGCAAGGACCUGCUGAUCGAGGCUCUGAAGUAUCACCUGAUGCCUGAGCAGAGGGGAGUCCUCAGCAACAGCCGGACACGUCCACGCCGCUGUGAGGGCGCCAGCCCUGUACUCUUCGCCGUUGGUCAGUGUGCUCCUGAAGGUGGCGGCAGCCUGUUUGCCAUCCAUGGAGACUGUGAGGCCUACGACACCAGGACAGAUCGCUGGCACAUGGUGGCGUCCAUGUCCACUCGGCGAGCGAGGGUGGGCGUGGCCGCCAUUGGGAACAGACUUUAUGCUGUUGGAGGGUAUGAUGGCACCUCCGACCUUGCAACCGUGGAGUCCUACGACCCCAUCACGAACUCCUGGCAGCCUGAGGUUUCCAUGGGAACAAGACGGAGCUGUUUGGGUGUAGCUGUCCUGCAUGGCCUGCUGUAUGCUGCGGGAGGAUAUGAUGGAGCUUCCUGCCUCAACAGUGCAGAACGUUACGACCCUUUGACCAGUACAUGGACCUCAAUAGCUGCCAUGAGCACCCGCAGGAGAUAUGUGCGAGUAGCAACUCUGGAUGGCAACUUGUACGCAGUGGGAGGUUACGAUAGCUCCUCACAUCUCGCAACAGUAGAGAAAUAUGACCCCCAGAGCAACACAUGGACAGCCAUCGCCAACAUGCUGAGUCGUCGCAGCAGUGCUGGGGUGGCCGUGCUGGAUGGCAUGCUGUACGUCGCAGGAGGCAAUGACGGCACCAGCUGCCUGAACUCUGUGGAACGGUUCAACCCCAAGACCAACACCUGGGAGGGAGUGGCCCCCAUGAACAUACGCAGGAGCACCCACGAUCUUGUGGCUAUGGAUGGUUGGUUAUAUGCGGUGGGAGGUAACGACGGCAGCUCCAGUCUCAACUCCAUCGAGAAGUACAACCCACGCAGCAACAAAUGGGUCGCGGCCUCCUGCAUGUUCACACGGCGCAGCAGUGUGGGCGUGGCUGUUCUGGAGCUGCUCAACUUCCCACCGCCCUCUUCGCCCACACUCUCAGUUUCCUCCACCAGCCUUUGACACAGGGUCACUGAUUGGCUAACCUCAGCCUCUGCUGCUACAGCCCAGACUGGCUCUGGGAAGAGACGCAACUGCUCGAUUUGAGACAUGGAGGAGGAGGAGAAGGCAGAGGACGAGGACAGGAGUGGACAGGUAAAUGGAUCGAGGGGGCAGAAAAGAUGGAGGGCCUCUGGAUUUGUUAAUAUACAGUGCUCUCCAGGAUUAGUUGUGCUCUUGGUAAGGAUUGGCCAAUCGUGUUUUUAAAAAACGUACAACAUCAAGUCAUCAUUUAAUUUAAAAAUCUAAGCAAUUUUUUAAAAAUGUUGUUAAUGUGCAGCACCCGUUAACCUCAAAAGACGUGCCAAAACCAACUAAAAAUAACUAUUCGUUUUUAUUUUUUCAUUUUAUUUUUAUUUUAGUCACUGUAAUAGAUGACAGAUAAUUCCUGAAUGAUACACCAAGGUCAAAUCAGUAUGGCUGCUCUUUACCAAGUUUGCUAUUAAUUCUGGACUGUCCUGUGUCUGGUCUGGAUGCCUGAAGCUCCACUGUACAGCUCCACCAUACAGAUACCAGCUCCCGCUCCUGUCAAAAGUACGAAGAUGUUCCCAGAUAAAGUUAAUAGUGACUGAUCUUUCCUCAAGCUCUGCCCUUCUUCCCCAUCACUCUCACAGUGUUUGACACACUUAUCGUGAAACGUGGUGGAUACUUGAUUCUGUCAUGUGUGAUGUAAAUGUUUUUGGUUUGAUGCUGUUGUCCUCUGCAAGAUUUUUCUUUUAGGUGUCAAGAUUUUUUGCAAUAAUGUACAAAAAACAGAAACUGAAUGAUUUUGCUUUUUGGAAUGUAGCUUUUGACUGGUUAUACCAUGCAUGUUUACAUGUUGGCAUUGACUCCCGGCAGGAGGAUAAAAUGUUGUAGUGCUGCUAUGUCACACUAGGUGGCAGUAACAGGCAAUAUUAAAAACCCUUCCCCACACAAGAAAGCAUGAACACCAACAGCAAAGAAAAGUUAGGCCCUCAGAAAUGUAAAUGAGUUAGAUUUUUUUAAAGUAUAAAAACAGAUGAUAAUUAUGUUUAAUUUUAUGUAUUUAUAACAAUAUAUAAAUCCUAAUAUAUUCUGUUUUAAAGAUGCUUAGAGAAGGAUACAGAUCAGACCUAUGCCUAUUUAAGAGUGUUUUUAAUAUAUUUAUUUAGCUGUGUGAUGUGCAUAUCAUCAGUGCAAGUGACAAAGAGAGUAUUCAGGUGUGAGAGAGGUAGCUGAUUGUUGUAUUUUGAUAGGCAGCAUUUCAUUUGCAUUUCCUAACAUUUCUUAACUGCCACAAGCACGAUCUCACAUGAAACUGUACCUUAUGUCUGCCACGUUUGUGCAAAAGGCUUCAGUUGCUUGCAAACCUAUUGAUCAGCAAGUAAAAGGACUAUAUUCUCAGUUAUGUUUUAAACCUACGAUAAAGCAGCAAGUAUUAGUUAAGCUACAGUACAACAAACACUUGACACUUAUGAGUAAUGCUGUUGACACUUGGUGCUGUCAUAUUUUCUUCCACACUCCAUCAAGUGUGGUGUCUUUUUAUAUUACCUCAUUGUUGAAAUUGAUCCAACUCAAUUGCAACUUAUUGAACCAGAAAUGACUGUAUUGUUAACCACAAAUAUAUUGGCAACAGAACAUGUGGUGUUUGAUUUGAGAAAAGUCACCACUGAACUUGCAUUGUCUAACAUAAAAGGAUCACUUGGACUCUUUUUGACUCAGUUAAUACCCAGGUUCAGUUCAGUUCAUGUGUAGCGCAGUGAUACCAUUCCAAACUUCUGAGAAGUUGCCUUUCUUUCCUUUUUUGAAGGAUUUUGUUAAUCCGGUUGCGUUUAUCUAAAACUACCUUACUUUUCAUUUGUUAGAGCGGACCCAGUAGAAUAGGGGCUGUGAUGGUCUUAUGGAGAUGCUGUUAAGACUUAAAAGAGAAAGGCACACAAAACCACAUAAGACUUUGGCCUCCAUUCUGCUGACUGAACUGUAAAUAGAAAGAUUGCUUAUCUUAAAUCCAUUUGUGCAAUUUUAAUGUGACUGUAGUUUUCUUUUAGUUUGUAUUAAAUGUGUUAAAUUGUUUAUUUAUGAUAUGUUAUUUAUGAGGAUCUUUAAAAUUUUGCACUAUUGCGAAAUGGAGCAAUACACUGUAAAAAAAAAAUAAAAUAAAGAUGUUUUCAGGUGUGAUAACUGUCCUG